CGCGGCGCAUCUGCAGCAUAGCCUGAGCGCAGGGUGCGCGGGGGAACCGGGCCUGUGGGACCUGGGCACCUCCGCAGCAAAAAGCCGUGGCUCGGUGGGAACGCGGCCGUCCGUGCCUGAGGGCACCUGUACCGGCCCGUAGGGAGCGGUGCCAGCGGGAAAACACCUGAGAGGGAGGACGAAGGCAGCAGCCCACGGGGUCCGCCUCGCCAGAAAGGUCUGAGGGAUUGCAAGGCUUUUGCACCACCGGCAUCUGGGUGUUUCGGGCUGAAGCAGUUGUGUGUCCACAGAGCGGGGAGGAGGUGUCCUGCCCUUAUUCCCUGUCGAGCUCUAGGAGUUUCUGCAGAGCAGAGCCGUUCCCAGCGGAGAAGCAGCGGGACAACCUCGACCUUCCCUCUCACCUGCUCGGCCGAGGUGUGAGGAGCACCCCGGGGAAGCAGAACGCCCCCCUCGCCCUCUCCCUGGUGCCCUUCCGACAGCUCCCGCGCUCUAUCAGUUUCUCUCCAGGGCCCAGGGACGACUGCACAGCCCCGGACAGAUCCUUGCUAACGGCGGGGUUAGCAGCCCUUCAUCGAGGCUGGACGCUCUUUGCAGAGCUCCGGCGAUGCUGAAGGACUGGGGAAGGGGACAGUGCCCGCUGGACGAGAUGCCUGGCAAAGGCGGCCUCUGGUUUGAGGCCCUUUUGGCGUGCAGGAGAGGGGAUAACGCCGUUUACAGCACUGCGCCGUGCCACCCGCUCCCUCGGCUUUGCUCUGCCGCUGUCGGGUUCCCCCGUCGCGGGGGAGCCAGGGCUGGUUUCGCUAUCCCGUCGUCUCAGUUCUGUUCAGAGCUGCUUACACGUGGGGGUGCGGGAGCGGGCCAGCGGGGUCUUAGGGGUCAUGGGGCCGCAGGGCAGGCUGGCAACGAUUCCCGGAGACCGCUAAUUCGCGACCCCGCCGGGCAGGCCGAGGGGCUCGUCCGUGCCCAGGCUGAACUCGACGUAUCGCUGCUUCCAGCGCUGCUUCCAGCGGCUUUAUCUAAGGAGCAGGGAAGGAGAAAGGGAUAAAGCCAGGAAACGAUGCGGGCAAUAAAGUCAAGGGCAGCAACCUCGACUCUGCUGGGGUGCUGGAUUCGGGUUUUUUUCUUAAUUUUCAAGGAAGGGGAAAUUUUGUUUCCUUCUGGGGCAGAGGCUGCUCAGAACCGGGCACACCUCUGGGAAAGGCUGGUGCCUGUUCACAUCAGCCCUUCAGCUCCCUGAGGCGGCUUGCAACUCACGCCAGCGGUUCUUCGCUUUCCUCCGAUAUUGCCCCAAAGUCUCCUAACGAAAUCCCUUUCCCUCCUCCCUGUAUUGCCGCCAGGUAAGCGGCGUGGGUCAGCAUUGGGACACUCUUCUGUUUGGCGUGUUCCUGAGCUCAGGGUAGAAAGUGCCCCGGUCGGGAAUCCCGCUGCAAGCAACAGCAGAGAAACAAAACACCGAUCGUGUCACGCUCUGCCCUUAUGCCGUUAGCUGCAGGAACAUAUGCUCAAAUAUGUAAGAGUAGUCUAGAUUUUUCUCUGCAAAUAUUUUUACCACAUCCAAAGAUAAUAUUUCAACAGAAGAAUCAAGCCCCGCAGGCUACAGACAGGGCAGCUAUAUAUAACCCGCUUGCUCACUCCGGCUCUCCGCGCAUCGCUUGGGUUAUGCAACCCCCAUCGCGGCGGUAGCCACCGGCGCGCCCCACGGCUCCGCCCGCCCCGUCGGGGCAUAUCCCCCGGGACCUCGGUGCAGCCACCCGCCUGGAGGGACCGGCACCGGGACUGGGACCGGGGCCGGGACUGGGACCAAGGCCGGGACUGGAACCGGGGCCGGGCCGGCCCGGCAGGGCUCGCCCAGCGCCGAUGUGGAGGAAGGGCCCGGGGGACGCCGCAGCGCUCCGAAGGGUCGGUGCCGGGCGGUGAGUAGCGUCUCACCCUCGUCAGGACAGGGCGGGGAACCGGGAAAGCCGUCCACGGUAGCCAGCGGAGAGCGGCCCCCGGUCCAGUCGCCGCCGCCGCCGAGCAAGCAGGGAAGGGAGCGCUGGAGGAGCGGCGCGGCGGCCGCAGCGCGCCCGCCCGCCCCGGCUGCCGCUCGCAGAAGAUGCACUUCAGCACCGUCACCAGGGACAUGGAAGCUAUCUCCAGCCCCUGGCUCACCCAGCUGUCCCAUUUUUGCGAUGUUGCAGCUUUCACGGCCAACAGCCUGAGCAGCCUGAACGCCUCCGGGGGGUACCACCUCUCCCCUUCCCCGGGGGACCCGUACGGACAGCAUGAACCGCCACACUACGAGCCUUGCACGGCUCAGCAGCAUCCGCACCCGCAGCCACAGCCCCAGCACGGCUACCCCUUCGGCGGGGCGGCGGCGGCAGCCGGGGCCAAUCCGCCGCCCCCAGGCCCCGAGCCGCCCGAGGGCGCCGGGGGAGCCGCCGCGGGGCCGGCCGCCGUCUCGGGCUGCUCCACGGGGUCGGCCACCGCGGCUAAGGCGCCAGUGAAGAAGAACCCGAAGGUGGCCAACGUGAGCGUCCAGUUGGAGAUGAAGGCUCUGUGGGACGAGUUCAACCAGCUGGGCACCGAGAUGAUCGUCACCAAGGCCGGCAGGCGCAUGUUCCCCACCUUCCAGGUGAAGAUAUUCGGGAUGGACCCUAUGGCAGACUACAUGCUCCUCAUGGAUUUCGUCCCUGUGGACGACAAAAGAUAUCGGUACGCCUUCCACAGCUCCUCCUGGCUGGUGGCCGGCAAAGCCGACCCCGCCACCCCCGGGAGGGUGCACUACCACCCCGACUCCCCGGCGAAAGGGGCGCAGUGGAUGAAGCAGAUCGUUUCGUUCGAUAAGCUCAAACUGACCAACAAUUUACUGGAUGACAACGGGCAUAUCAUUUUGAACUCCAUGCACAGAUACCAGCCGCGUUUUCACGUGGUCUACGUGGACCCCCGGAAAGACAGCGAGAAAUACGCGGAGGAGAACUUCAAAACCUUCGUCUUCGAGGAGACGCGCUUCACAGCCGUGACCGCCUACCAGAACCACCGAAUCACACAGCUGAAGAUCGCCAGCAACCCUUUCGCCAAGGGAUUCAGAGACUGUGACCCUGAGGACUGGCCCAGGAAUCACAGGCCAGGGGCCCUUCCUCUCAUGAGUGCUUUUGCCAGAUCCCGGAAUCCAGUCUCUUCCCCGGCACACCAGAAUGGGACAGAGAAAGAUGCUGCCGAGAGCCGGCGGGAGUUCGAGCGGGAGGCGGCCGGCGGGACGGCGCUGCACGCCGAGGCCGCGCACCAGCAGCUCAUGUCCCGCGUGCUCAGCCCCGCGCUGCCGGGCGGCGGCGGCGGCCUGGUGCCCCUGGGCGGUGCGGGCGGCGGCCGGCCCAGCCCUCCCCACCACGAACUGCGCCUGGAGCCCGCCGCCUCGGAGCCGCUCCACCACCACCCCUACAAGUACCCGCCGGCGGCGGCUGCCGCCUACGACCACUACCUGGGGGCGAAGAGCCGGCCCGCGCCCUACCCCCUCCCCAGCAUCCGCGGGCACAGCUACCACCACCACCACCACCACCAUCACCACCACAUGAACGCGGCGGCCGCGGCGGCGGCGGCUGCCAACAUGUACUCGUCGUCCGGCGCUCCCGCCAGCUACGACUACGGGCCCAGAUAACGGGGCCACCGACGGCGCGAGAGACUGGCUGCGGCCGCGCGUGCAGCGACCGUUACCGUCCUUUCUCCCCCUUCCCGCCUUUCCCUCUGUCCCCGCCUCACGAGUGAGCUGAUAGGCCAGCUUGUCCUGACCGACACCCGCCGAGACCAAUGGCAGGAAGCCGGAGCCCCCGUCCCGCUCCCCACCCGUCGGCGGGCCGCGAGGCGGUGUGUGGUGAGGGGUCGGGGUGGGUUGAGCGUUGUCCGCCGCGGUGUGACCCGCAGCUGCACUUUGAUAAAUGAAGCCAUAUGUCGUUCUGUAUCUUCACCCUACCCCCGCGCCUCCGUUAAGCUGUGCCCUCGAGCGCGCCGGGCACUGAGGACCGCUGGAAGCGGUGGGAGGACGGGGAGCAGCAGCGGUGAGGUGAUGCGCACCCUUCUCAUUCACCCACCGGGUCUUUCGAUGGAGGUUUGUUUUUGCAGGUGUCACGGGUAUUUCGCAGCCCAGCGGGGUGUGUACGGUCAGCACUGGGCAGGGAGAGCUGCGGGGAUGGUCGUGAGCACCGGCGGUACCGGGCCCCGGGGUAGGGUGUAAUUCUGCUCGGGUCGGUGUCAGUCUUUGCUGGGGGAUGCUUGGUCUCAUUUGCAGGUGGCUCAGGUGGUUCUGUGAGGACUGUCACAGGAGGCACAGUUUAGCUUAAGGGAACACUUUGAAUCUUCACUGUCAGAACUAAUGGCCCACUUCUCCUCCAGUCCCGACCUUCCCCUGAGUUUUGGGCUUCAUUGGGGCGGCUUAACCACAACAGCAUUUUCUGGAGCUGUUGAGAAGAGCCCAUGGCCAAGAGCAUGCCGUGUAUAUCUUCUGGUUUUCACAACAGUGGAUGCUAAGGUUUAGAAACCAGCCUGGGGUGAGGGAAUACUAACAGUUUAGGCUGUGUACUCCCAGCAAUAGUUUGUAAACUGUCUGCUUCCCAGGCAGCCUCACAGUACUGCCUUUCUACAUCCUUCCUCGAGCUCUUGACUCCCAUUGAGAAGUGCCUUUUAGAGGAGCUUCAGGGUUUUUCCCCCCAAAUGCCUCACCCUUUAUAUUUGGCUGACCCAAACUGCAGUAGUCCCAAAGCACCUAUUCUGCACCUACCUGCUUGCUGCAUCUCCCCUCUUAAAGCUGGUAAGUACUUUUUCCUUUUUUCCCUUUAACAUCUUCCUUCAGUAGUAGUCUUUCCGUAUUGUUGAAAGGAUGGGCCUGGCCUGUUCAUCACAGCUUCUCUGGUGAUGUGCUUUGGACAGUUGGUUUGUGUUUUUUGUCAGAUGCUCACCAAGUGGCAGUCCCUUUAUAUUCAGAGAAGGUGUUGAGCAGCCCCUCAGCUGUGUUGGCAUACAGUAUUAUGAACAUUUUUAAUUCUUCCACUAGUCUAUGAAAAGAAGGGGCUUGUCUUUUUGAACGUUCUCUACUCAUCCAUGUUUGUGCAUUUCUACUACAAACCUUUUAAAACAUAAUCUUUCCCUUGAGCAGGUGGCAGUGUUAAUAGCAAUGUUUAUUCAGUUUCUGGCAGUGGGCUUUGGGCUUCCAAAAUAUUUUGGAAGGGUUUAAGAAGGGAUACAGGCUAACAUGAGUAUUUUAUGUAUUUUUUUUCUGUUGUAAAAACCUCAUAUAUCUGGAUCCAUGAAAAGACUUGUGCAAAAAAUAUGUAUUUUAUUCGAUAUUUGCAGUGAAUUGUGAGAUUCUUAGUGUCUGACUAAACCAUAAUUAAUGUUCUCAGAAAGGUUGAUGUAAAAUAGCCUUGUGCUUAUUAUUAGUCAGUCGGAAAUGGCUCUUGGAUGUGCUCUGUUGCUUUGCCGCUGUUACUUCAGAGUUUUCAGUAUGAUUUGUUACCUGUAAACUGAUUAGUGCCAAAGCUUUGGUCAAAUGUUUAAUGAAGUUGUUAUAUUUAUUAUUUCUUUCAAAGAUUAUACAAACACUUCUUUUUUUUUGUUCUUGAUAGCUGCAAUGUAGGAAAAAAGUGAAAACAACCAAAGAAUCACAUCUGCAAACAUUGUAGAUACAUGUAGAUAUCUGUAGAUAUAUGUAGAUAAUCUUAUUUCAUUUAAAUUGAAAAGACAUUGGACAGUGACA